CGCGGCUCUGGAAGCCGGGUUUCCAGCCCGGGGCGGCCACAGGCCCGGUCAUCGUCACAGGGCCCGGUGCGGGGGCGUCAGCCACGGUUCACCCAGGGCUGCCGGUGGAAGAGCCCCUGCUGGACUGCAGCCCCACCACCAUGGGCACCCCGGAGGGCCGCUUCCACUUCGCCAUCGACCGCGGAGGCACCUUCACGGACGUCUUUGCCCAGUGUCCAGGUGGGCACGUGCGGGUCUUGAAGCUGCUCUCGGAGGACCCUGCCAACUACGCAGACGCCCCGACCGAGGGCAUCCGCAGGAUCCUGGAGCAGGAGGGAGGCGUGCUGCUGCCCCGGGACCGGCCACUGGACACCAGCCGCAUUGCCAGCAUCCGCAUGGGCACCACAGUGGCCACCAACGCGCUGCUGGAGCGCCGAGGGGAGCGGGUGGCACUGCUGGUGACACGUGGCUUCAAAGACCUGCUGCACAUCGGCACCCAGGCCCGUGAGGACCUGUUCGACCUGGCCGUGCCCAUGCCUGAGGUGCUGUACGAGGAGGUCCUGGAGGUGGACGAGCGUGUGGUGCUCUACCGCGGAGAGCCGGGCGCCGGAACACCUGUCAAAGGCCGCACCGGGGACCUGCUGGAGGUGCAGCAGCCUGUGGACCUGGGGGCCCUGCGCGGGAAGCUGGAGGGGCUCCUGGCGCGUGGCAUCCGCAGCCUGGCGGUGGUGCUCAUGCACUCGUACACGUGGGCCCAGCACGAGCAGCAGGUGGGCACGCUGGCCCGGGAGCUGGGCUUCCUGCACGUGUCGCUGUCCUCGGAGGCCAUGCCGAUGGUGCGCAUUGUUCCCCGGGGACACACGGCCUGCGCUGACGCCUACCUCACGCCUGCCAUCCAGCGCUACGUGCAAGGCUUCCGCCGGGGCUUCCAGGGCCAGCUGAAGGACGUGCAGGUGCUGUUCAUGCGCUCCGAUGGCGGCCUGGCGCCCAUGGACGCCUUCAGCGGCUCCCGCGCCGUGCUCUCGGGCCCUGCCGGCGGGGUGGUCGGCUACGCGGCCACCACCUACCAGCUGGAGGGCGGCCAGCCAGUCAUCGGCUUUGACAUGGGAGGCACGUCCACGGACGUGAGCCGUUACGCGGGGGAGUUUGAACACGUGUUUGAGGCCAGCAUCGCCGGUGUCACCCUCCAGGCCCCCCAGCUGGACAUCAACACGGUGGCAGCUGGUGGGGGCUCCCGCCUCUUCUUCAGGUCUGGCCUCUUCGCGGUUGGGCCCGAGUCUGCAGGUGCCCACCCCGGCCCCGCCUGCUACCGCAAAGGGGGCCCCGUGACACUGACAGAUGCGAAUCUGGUGCUGGGUCGCCUGCUGCCUGCCUCCUUCCCCUGCAUCUUUGGGCCGGGAGAGGACCAGCCACUGUCCCCGGAGGCCUCCCGCAAGGCCCUGGAGGCUGUGGCCACUGAGGUCAACAGCUUCCUGACCAAUGGGCCCUGCCCGGCCUCCCCGCUGAGCCUGGAGGAGGUGGCCAUGGGGUUCGUGCGUGUAGCCAACGAGGCCAUGUGCCGGCCCAUACGUGCACUCACCCAGGCGCGAGGCCACGACCCCUCAGCCCACGUGCUGGCUUGCUUUGGGGGAGCCGGUGGGCAGCAUGCCUGCGCCAUCGCCCGAGCCCUGGGCAUGGACACUGUGCACAUUCACAGGCACAGCGGGCUGCUGUCGGCGCUGGGGCUGGCCCUGGCACACGUGGUGCACGAAGCGCAGGAGCCCUGCUCCCUGCCCUACACGCCGGAGACCUUCCUGCAGCUGGACCAGAGGCUGAGCCGGCUGGAGGAGCAGUGUGUGGAGGCCCUGCAGGCCCAGGGCUUCCCCAGGUCCCAGAUCAGCACCGAGAGCUUCCUGCACCUGCGUUACCAGGGCACGGACUGCGCCCUCAUGGUGGCUGCCCACCAGCACCCACCCACCGCCCGCUCCCCCCGCGCCGGCGACUUCGGGGCAGCCUUCGUGGAGAGGUACAUGAGGGAAUUCGGCUUUGUCAUCCCCGAGCGACCAGUCAUGGUGGACGACGUGCGGGUGAGGGGCACUGGCCGCAGCGGUCUUCGUCUUGAGGAUGCCCCCAAAGCCCAGACCGGGCCUCCCCGGGUGGACAAGAUGACCCAGUGCUAUUUCGAGGGGGGCUAUCAAGAGACCCCCGUGUACCUCCUCGGAGAGCUGGGCUAUGGCCACAAGCUCCAGGGGCCCUGCCUCAUUAUUGACAGCAACAGCACCAUCCUGGUGGAGCCAGGUUGCCAGGCAGAGGUGACCGAGAGAGGGGACAUCCGCAUCUCUGUGGGGGCCGAGGCCCCGAGCACAGUGGGCACCCAGCUCGACCCCAUCCAGCUGUCCAUCUUCUCUCACCGCUUCAUGAGCAUUGCCGAGCAGAUGGGCCGCAUCCUGCAGCGCACGGCCAUCUCCACCAACAUCAAGGAACGCCUGGACUUCUCCUGCGCCCUCUUCGGGCCCGAUGGAGGGCUGGUCUCCAACGCCCCCCACAUCCCCGUGCACCUGGGCGCCAUGCAGGAGACGGUGCAGUUCCAGAUCCAGCACCUGGGGGCUGACCUGCACCCCGGGGACGUGCUUCUGAGCAACCACCCCAGCGCAGGGGGCAGCCAUCUGCCAGACCUCACCGUCAUCACCCCGGUGUUCUGGCCGGGCCAGACGCGGCCUGUGUUCUACGUGGCCAGCCGUGGGCACCACGCAGACAUUGGGGGCAUCACCCCAGGCUCCAUGCCCCCACACUCCACCAUGCUGCAACAGGAGGGCGCCGUCUUCUUGUCCUUUAAGCUGGUCCAGGGGGGCGUCUUCCAGGAGGAGGCGGUGACCGAGGCCCUGCGGGCGCCCGGCAAGAUCUCUGGCUGCAGUGGAACCAGGAACCUGCACGACAACCUCUCGGAUCUGCGGGCACAGGUGGCAGCCAACCAGAAAGGCAUCCAGCUGGUGGGGGAGCUCAUCGGACAGUACGGCCUGGACGUGGUGCAGGCCUAUAUGGGCCACAUCCAGGCCAACGCCGAGCUGGCCGUGCGCGACAUGCUGCGCGCCUUCGGAACCGCCCGCCAGGCGCGGGGUCUGCCUCUCGAGGUGUCGGCCGAGGACCACAUGGACGACGGCUCCCCCAUCCGUCUCCGCGUGCAGAUCAACCUGAACCAGGGCAGCGCCGUGUUUGACUUCAGCAGCACCGGGCCCGAGGUGUUCGGCAACCUGAACGCGCCGCGCGCCAUAACGCUGUCGGCGCUCAUCUACUGCCUGCGCUGCCUGGUGGGCCGCGACAUCCCGCUCAACCAGGGCUGCCUGGCGCCGGUGCGUGUGGUUAUCCCUCCCGGCUCCAUCCUGGACCCGUCCCCGGAGGCGGCCGUGGUGGGCGGCAACGUGCUCACGUCGCAGCGCGUGGUGGACGUCAUCCUGGGGGCCUUCGGGGCCUGCGCCGCCUCCCAGGGCUGCAUGAACAACGUGACCCUCGGUAACGCUCGCGUGGGCUACUACGAGACGGUGGCGGGCGGCGCGGGUGCCGGCCCCGGCUGGCACGGACGCAGCGGCGUGCACAGCCACAUGACCAACACGCGCAUCACCGACCCCGAGAUCCUGGAGAGACGGUACCCGGUCAUCCUGCGCCGCUUUGAGCUGAGGCCGGGCUCUGGGGGCCGAGGCCGCUUCCGCGGCGGCGACGGCGUGGUCCGCGAGCUGCUCUUCCGCGAGGAGGCUCUGCUGUCGGUGCUGAGCGAGCGCCGCGCCUUCCGGCCCUACGGCCUCCACGGGGGCAAGCCUGGCGCCCGGGGCCUGAACCUGCUCAUCCGCAAAGACGGCCGCACAGUGAAUCUGGGCGGAAAGACGUCGGUCCCCGUGUACCCCGGGGACGUGUUCUGCCUCCACACGCCCGGCGGCGGCGGUUACGGAGACCCGGAGGACCCCGCGCCGCCCCCGGGCUCGCCCCCGCAGCCCGUGGCCUUCCCUGAGCGCGGCAGCGUGUACGAGUACCGGCGGGCGCAGGAAGCCGUGUGAGCGGCGCAAUAAAGAUGCUCGGGCCGCCCGGCUCGGGCGCAG